AGUGCAGACGAAGAAGACAGUUGGCUGUUUUGGAGGCAUCAGAACAAACAUGUCAGCCAGCUAGCGUUAGCCUUUCUAAACCCGUCUGUAGGGAUACGGUUUCAAUACUCUCUCUAUAUAUGAUAUUAACAGUUGUGAUUUCAUGGAGAUCAAAGCUCCUUCUCUGCUGAAUGCGGUUCCUCCUUACGGACAUGUUAUAACCAGCGAGAAAUGGAGAACUUCGUCCCUUAUUCAAAGCUUAAAGGGUGGAGGAGUGAAAAUCCUCUUUGAGAAGGAGCUGGGUGUGGCAGAUUUCCACCUGCCCAACAGAAGCUGCAUCCUGUACGUGUCAGAGUGCGACAUCAUAGCUGGGAACAGCUACAAGAGGAAGCUGGUCCGCUACAGAAAUACCAGCAGCAGUUUCCAGGAGCUGGUGUUGGUGGAGAACACGCGACUCAGUGAGCAGUACUUCUCCGCCGUGCAGAAGUUUGUUGUGUUCGACCUCGGGCUGACUCUGCUGCCGGUCAGCGGGCAGACCGAGGCCUCGCAGCUCAUCAGUCAGAUCGUCCACGGGGAGGGUCGAGAGAACCCCUUCAGGAGGAGGAGCUCCUCUCGGCUGCUGGACCCGCAGGUCCUGGCUCUGGUGCAGCGUGUCCCCGGGGUCGGCAGGGUCAAGGCUCUGGCGCUGCUGCAGCACUUCUCCAGCAUCCACCAGCUCUGCAACGCCGCCCCCCAGGAGCUGGAGCCCAUCGUGGGUCAGGCUGCAGCUCAGCAAAUCCACAGCUUCUUCCACAAACCCACUGCUGCUGGAACCUGAGGUCUCCCAGUCUGGGGUCUAACGGUUCUUUUGAUACAGAUUCACUUUUUGGCUCUUUUGCUAAAAUGAAUGUCACUUUGCUGGGUUUCUGCCAGAGUACAAACUUGAAUCAAAAAUAAUAUUUGUAUUCUGUUGACCAUUUUCCACCCAUGCAGCUAACGUGGGUGAAAUGUGGAGUUUGAAAGGUGACUUUGCUGUCCUGUAAAUAAUAUUGUGUUUGUUUCUCUGCACUUUUGCAUCCACACAAUAAAUGAAUAUGAUCAGUG